CAGAGAGUUCUCUCUUCCUAGUCCACUCUCCCCUCUUCUCUCUGCGUCUGUAGAGUGUUUGAGCUGAUAUGAGGAUGAGCUGCAAUGGCUGCAGAGUCCUCCGCAAAGGCUGCGGUGAAGACUGCACACUUAGACCAUGCCUUCAAUGGAUCAAAACCCCUGAAUCCCAAGCCAAUGCUACCGUCUUUCUUGCCAAGUUUUACGGCCGUGCCGGCCUCGUCAACCUCAUCAAUGCUGGCCCUGAUCACCUCCGCCCAGAGAUAUUCAGGUCACUGCUUUAUGAAGCAUGUGGGAGAAUCAUCAACCCUAUAUAUGGAUCCGUGGGGUUGCUGUGGUCUGGAAAUUGGCAACGCUGCCAAGCAGCUGUGGAGGCAGUCUUGGAGGGCUCUCCGAUCAUGCAAGUCUCUACCGAUGAUGCUGCAGCAGGGGGACACCCUAUCACGCCCCUCAAGGACUGUGACAUACGUCACCUCAGCAAGAAGUCAAAUGGGAUUCACCGGGUUAGGACCCGGAACCGGUUCAAGAGGUCGGGUUUCAAAAGCCAGGUUGACUCGGUGCCUGAGUUCAUGAACGAGACAACUAAGUUUAGUAUCACCGGCUGGAAUGACGAUGAAGAGAACGAUGGUUCCGAGGAGGAGUUGAUCAAGAGGGCGCCGAGUCAUGACUCGUUCUCGGUCGAAACAGUGGAGCCCACUCUGGUGAACCGGGCUGAACAGGGUCGGGUUGUGAAGUCCGAGACCAUCAUGGUUGGUGAAGAUGAUGACUUGGUUUUGGACCUGACUUUAGGGGUGAAUCCAGUGGUACGCACCCACCUGUCUGCUGGUGGAAGACGCCUCUGAUGCAGACGCGUCUAAGCAGAAUACGGUACCAGAUUUUGGCGGCU